AUGUCGCCUCCUCAUUGUUGUGGUUUUUGCAAGACACCCACCGACAAACGCUGUACUGGAUGUUUGCUGUACUUUUACUGUUCGAAGAAAUGUCAAAAGGCUGAUUGGAGGAGGCACCUGUUCGACUGCAAACCAAAGGACGAGAUCACGGCGGCGGACUGCCUAUACAAAGCUUGCAUCCUGACUGAUAGUACGCCAGUGUACUCCCUCGAUGCGGAGACACGACAAUCCUAUGGCCUCUCACGGGUAGGAGUCGACAACGAGAACAAGAUGCUCCAACUUUAUUUUUAUAUAUUGGAUCCCGAUCACCUCGCUGUGAAGCCGCAAAUUCUUCAGAAAUGGAUGGCAGAUGGGAAGCUGGCUCAAGAAAUUAUAUCUCUGUUCGAGACACGGAUGGACGAAGCCACUCGACCAAAAUCGUACUUAUGGUUUUUGGAGAAUCACCAUUGGAUCUUCGACGGAAAUGCACUUGCCCCUAGAGCAGAGUCAAAAUUCUUAUUCAACACUGUUUUUCAAGUUGGCUGGCGGUAUAGUGGUGGAUCCGGUAACCCUCGCUCGGCACUGGACGUCAUCCACUUAUGUGAAUCCGAAUCCUGGCCCGGUCACAGGAUCGAAUGUUUGCAGUUUUGCGGUCAGACUUUCUGUGGCUUUCACACAGGUCCCUGGCAAAAGCUAUGGGUCACACUGGGAUUUUGCACCGUAACCAAACGCAGCCGGUACACAGAUGAUUUGCUAUUCAUAUUAUACUCGCAACUACUUCGAGAGUGCACUUUCCAAGAGUUUGUAACCGCCUACGAAUCAUCCAUGCUAGAGAAAUUAUUGGAAAAGUAUGGAUUAGGUCUUCAGCUGCCGGAUUCUCCGUUCACAGAACUGAGUGAAUUCCUGUCCAGUUCACCUAACAUUCCGUCCAGUUGGUGGCUUAAACAUUGGACGACGAUGGGUGGGAGCGUUACGAAGGAGUCUUAUUACGACUAUGGUUUCUGGAAUUGUCGAUCUUUUCAAGACGCCCACGAUUUGAGUGAUGUAUAUGCAAGAUACUUUCGAUCGGAGGACGCCAAUCCACUGCUGCUGCAUCAAGCUCGCUUGGACGGAAGGAUUUUCGACCAUAUCAGCUCCACGAUACUACUUCCGAACAAGAAAAAGUACCGAAAGCUAAUGAAGAAGACACCUCUCAACAGCCCUGAUCCUGCCACACGGGAGUGGAUUCGAACAUGCGAAUAUAGGUGGAACGUGACGAUUCCAAUGGAAGUGGAACGAAAUAGAACUGAGGCGAGAAGAAAAUUUUUGUUGGAUCGUUCUAUUGAAGUUUUUGAAGCAGAAGCAAAUGGAGCUGUAGAUUAUAAGCAACGAUUUGUGAACCUGGGCCAUCUGGAUACUGAAGGUGCUUGA